AUGGCUAAAGACGUGGCUGUGGAGAAUCUGAAUGAAAUAGUCAUUAAUAAGUGGGACGUUAAUGCAGCGAAACAUGCACUUGAUGAUGCAACGAAAGAGAUAAUGAAAGCCAAAUUUGAUCUCAAGGAGAACUUCCGUCUGAUUGACAUCCGAUUGAUGUUAUGCACUGCCUCUGUGCUAUUUACUGUAGUCGCGUUAAUUUAUGACUACAUUUAUCCGUAUCCAGAAUCCUUUUAUGUACUGGUAGCCUGCAUUUUAUCAUACUUUAUUGCAACAUCCAUCCUCUCGUGGCAUACUUACUUCAUUGAGGGGAACAUUUUUUUCGUUGGGAUUCAGCCGGACAAAACAGGCCUCGAUCCGCCAAACAAGUGGACAUUAGCAUCUCAUGUGAAAAAGUACAACCCAGACUAUCGCUUGACAGUUUCCUUUGUCGAUGGGACUACAAAGGAAAAAUCGAUGGUUGAGGUCACCAAGACAAUAAACUGUUUCUUCGACGAUAAAGGCAAACUAUGUCGUAGUCAACUAGAAUCCUUCAUCCUCAACGUUUGCAAGGACGUUACCUCGAAGAAGAAGGAUUAG